CUGACCCAGCCGCAAACGAGCGACCACCAGCCGACCGACCCCGACAGCAGGACCAAGCCCGCGAUGCCGCGCUACCUCCCGGCACUGCUCCUGCUGCUCUGGCCGCUGCUGCUGCUGCUGCCGGCCGCCGCCGACCCCAGCCCCCUGGCCCGCCCGGGCUUCCGGAGGUUGGGGACCCGCGGGCCAGGGGGCAGCCCCGGACGCCGUCCGGCUGCGGCCGCCCCCACCCACGCGCCCUAUUCUGGGGCCGGCCAGCCUGGCAGGGCCCGCGGAGCAGGCAUUUGCAAGAGCAGGCCCUUAGACUUAGUGUUUAUCAUCGACAGUUCCCGAAGUGUGCGGCCCCUGGAGUUCACCAAAGUGAAAACCUUUGUCUCGCGGAUAAUCGACAACCUGGACAUCGGGGCGGAGGACACUCGGGUGGCAGUGGUGAACUACGCCAGCACCGUGAAGAUCGAGUUCCAUCUCCAGACCCACUCGGAUAAGCAGGCCCUGAAACGGGCGGUGGCGCGGAUCGCACCCUUGUCCACAGGCACCAUGUCCGGUCUGGCCAUCCAGACAGCGAUGGACAAAGCCUUCACCGUGGAGGCAGGGGCCCGGGGGCCCAACUCCAACAUCCCUAAGGUGGCCAUCAUCGUGACAGACGGGCGGCCCCAGGACCAGGUGAACGAGGUGGCGGCUCGGGCCCGGGCGUCGGGGAUCGAGCUCUACGCCGUGGGCGUGGACCGGGCGGACAUGGAGUCCCUCCGGCUGAUGGCCAGCGAGCCCCUGGACGAGCACGUCUUCUACGUGGAGACCUAUGGGGUCAUUGAGAAGCUUUCGUCUAGAUUCCAGGAAACCUUUUGUGCUUUGGACCCAUGCCUGCUGGGCACACACCAGUGCCAGCAUGUGUGUAUCAGUGACGGGGAAGGCAAGCAUCACUGUGAGUGCAGCCAAGGGUAUUCCUUGAAUGCUGACAAGAAGACAUGUUCAGCUAUUGAUAAGUGUGCUCUUAACACUCAUGGUUGUGAACACAUCUGUGUGAACGACAGAACUGGCUCUUAUCAUUGUGAGUGCUACGAAGGUUAUACCUUAAAUGAAGACAGGAAGACGUGUUCGGCUCGAGAUCAGUGUGCUCUUGGUACACACGGCUGUCAGCACAUUUGUGUGAAUGACGGAGCUGGGUCCCAUCAUUGUGAGUGCUAUGAGGGCUACAUUCUGAACGAAGAUAAAAAAACGUGUUCAGUUCGUAACAAGUGCGCUCUCGGCUCCCACGGUUGCCAGCACAUCUGUGUGAACGACGGGGCCGGGGCUUACCACUGCGAGUGUUAUACCGGCUACACCUUGAAUGAAGACAAGAAGACGUGUUCAGCCAUUGAAGAAGCACGAAGACUCAUCUCCACAGAAGACGCCUGUGCAUGUGAAGCCACACUGGCAUUCCAGGAUAAGGUCAGCUCCUAUCUGCAGAGACUGAACAGCAAACUAGAUGACAUUUUGGAGAAGUUGCAAGCAAAUGAAUAUGGACAAAUACAUCGUUGAACUGCUCCAUUUUUUUCACCUGGAAAUACGGAGCGCUUGAUGUACUUCAUACUUUGGCAUACUCCAGUGUUCCUGUUACUAACUUGCAAUUACAAAUGCUUGAAUGUUACUGCAUAAGUAGUAUGAGGAUCUUCUGAAGACUCAGUUUUGUUUUUCUAAGGAAAUAAAUGUCCAGAUCCUUCUUAAGAGCAAACUUUAGUGUCUCUAAGGUAUGACUGUGAAAUAGUUGGUAGGAAAUAGAAUGAAAAUUUCAUAAUUUCUUUACUAAUUGAGCCAUUUAAUUUUUAAAUGUUUAUAUUAGUAAGAUAACCAUAUUUACAAUGGGAACUUUUGAUCUUGAUAGUAUUUAUAGUAUAAACCAGCCUUGUUAAUGAGUGUGUAAAUUAAAAUAUUUACACAUAAAAAAGUUCAUAUAAUUAAAUCGAGAUGAAUAUAGUUUAGAACUAUAUCUUUAACACAUUUUGGUUUCUGCUCAUUUUUACUAGCGUAUCGUUGAAGCUGUGAUCAGGAGAUUACCCAUAUCUAAAUACAGUUAACAGAUCAAGUUAACGGUUAUAUGACAUUUUUAAUUCAUUCUAAUGUUAGAAGCAUAUAACUAAAGACUUUAGUUGUGAAUUAAGAGUGUUACAACUUUUUACCAAGAGCAAAAAACCCUCAGUUUAUUGUUUUACCUUAGGAUCCAAUCAGUAAAGUUAUAUAUUUGCAAAUAUUGCUAUGACAACAAAACCUAAUGUCUUUUUAAAUGUUAAUGAUAAGCCUAACUUUUUUUCACUUAUAUAUCUGAUAAAUAUAAUUUUUUUCAGCUUUAAAGCUUACAGCUUUCAAAAGAAAACAGUUCUUUAAAUUGUAUACUACUCAUUCCUUUUUUGGUUUAUGUUGUCUUUGGUGUAAUAAAAAUGUAUCUUUA